AAAGAACAGCAGCAGCAGAACAAGGCCGCCAUAUUGAAUCACUCUCGUUAAUUUUUGCGCGAAGGCGGUGUUAAUCUUUUACCCCUCUGCGGGAGAGCUAGGUACGUUUGAGGGUUGAUAAAGUGUUUAAAAGGUGUUUAAAAUAUCGUAUCAAUAAAAGAUGUGGGAUCGUGUGUGUAGAAUAAUAUCAGAAAAGUGUAAUAUCUUAUUGGAUAUAAUGCGGUGAAGUGCGGCGAAUUCCCUACUAGUACGUACGAGUGUGUGGAGAGCGGCUGCUUUGUGUAAUCGAUUUGUGUGUCAAGCGGUUUACACAAAUUUGGACCAACCUUGAUUGACCCCCAGGGUCGUAGCACUGGGGAGGAUGGAGGCGAUGGAUUUGGACGGGGAUACUGUGGUUGACCUUAGUGUCAGCAGUAGCAGUAGAAGGGACUCCCCGUCCGUCCCUACGAAUUCCAGUGAUCUGGGUGUUCCACUGGAUCUAGGUGCACAUUUUGCAGCUAGUCCUGGAAUAGAAAACAAUAUACCAGAGGCUAGAAAUAUUCAAAACGCAACCCGAGGUAUACUGGGUGCUAAGUCAGGCGAGGAUAGAAGACCCCGUCGUAACUUGAGACCUAGAACCGAAAGAAGUUAUGCAGAAAGUCCUGACGAACCAAGAAUCAACGGUUACGUAAACGGAAAUGCUUCAGAUAGUGAGGAAGGUGAAAUGCCGCCGUUAUUACCAAUCAAAGAACUAAGCUCAGAUGAAUUAGCAGAACGUGAAAGAAAUCUUAGGAAGCUAAGAGAAGACCUGAGAUCUGAAGAAAUGAAAUUAGUAUUGCUUAAAAAGUUGAGACAGUCGCAGCAGCUCAAAGAAAACAUUGCGGCAGUUCCAAAAGUACCCAGUAAAUUACCCCCACCAGUCACAGUACAACCAGUGGCACACAGUCAUAGGGCCAGCAAAGCCCCACCGCCCUUAUUGAGAGGUCAAUUGCCUCCAAGUAGAAACAUUAGUUUACAUGGGCCACCACCAGGUAUACUGUUACCACCAACGACAGCCAGAAAUGCUACUUCCAGUACCGGUAUGCCACCAAACAUGGUUAUACCACAACCUCCUCAUCCUAGAGGUAGACCUUCGAGCGUAGCACCUAACGUUCCAAGUUAUCAUGCACCAGCGGACAGAACCGAAAGAUCUACCAAAGAUCCAACACCUGCAAUCGCUCAUCAGCAGCUUAUCGGAACUCAGGAAAAUAAACCCAGCACGUCAAUAAGCACCCCUGCGCCUCCUGAGCAGGAAAGAACACGAGAAGAUAAUCAAACUCCUGCUCAACGUCAAGCAGCCGCUAAACUGGCUUUGCGCAAGCAGUUAGAAAAGACUCUUCUACAAAUUCCACCGCCAAAGCCGCCACCACCAGAAAUGCAUUUUGUGCCGAAUCCCUCCAAUACAGAAUUUAUUUAUCUGGUUGGUUUGGAACACGUAGUUGACUUUAUAACGAAAGAACCAGCUAUACCUCCACCUCCAGAACCAUUCGAGUGUACUCAAUGCAGGACUGAUUUCACACCAGUUUGGAAGUGGGAAAAAUCUGCAGGUGGUGGCAAAAAAGAAGGACCAAGGGGUCAACAUGCAACGUUUCAACGACCUCCGGCUGGUCGCGAUCCUCGAGUCAUAUGCGAACAUUGCGUAACGACUAACGUGAAGAAAGCCCUCAAAGCUGAACAUACUAACCGAUUAAAAACAGCAUUUGUGAAAGCAUUACAACAAGAGCAGGAGAUAGAGCAACGAUUGGCACAAGCAGCAUGUCCAAGUCCGGAUCCACCUCCUCCAAAGCCGGUUCCAAAGGCAUCGACACCCACAAGGAGAGUGGCUACUCCGCCGGCACCCCAGCCAGUACCGCAAGCUCCAGCACCGGCUCCAACUCCUCCGACACCUAAACUUCAAGAACACCCACUAGCAAAACUAGCGGACAGUGGGAAAUUCAGCCCACAUCACGCAGCAGCGGCUGCUGCGUUGCACCAACAACUACUCAGAGAACUUACAAAAAAUCAAGUCCCUGGAUUGCCUCCUCAUCAGCCGUUGCCUGCUCAUUUGUUGCCGGCUUUUAACCCUAUACUGUACCCUUAUCAGUUGGCAAUGGCACAGGCAGCGGGUGGUAAAGGGCUUGUCGAACUCCAAAGACAGGCAGCUGAUCUUCAACGUCAAUAUUUACUGGAUAUGAUCCCGUCUCAAGCAUCUCAGGCUCAAAGUAGUCAGGCUCCGCCACGGGCUCACCCACAUAACUGGAAAACGUAACCGAACGUGUUUAAACGCAACCAGUGAAAAGCUAAAUGAAAAUAAAUAGUCUAAAAAAAUGAAACUAAUGAAUAUUAAUUAAAGAAAUAAAAAUGCUGAUGAAUGAUAAAUAUGUACGUGACUUCUUUUAAAUUAAAGAUAACUGGAUCGUACAAAUAUUAUAGUCAAUACUGAAUAUUGAUAACCAAUCGACAUUGCAGUGUUUCAUAAAGUAUAAUUAAUUAAAAGAAAUCAAUGUAUCGUUAAAAGAACAAACAAGGAAAAAACCAACAAACAGAAGAAAAAAAUAAGAAAGAAAACACGAAAAUGUUACAGUUGGUAAUGUUCAACGAUUUAAAUAUAUCAAAAAGUUUAAUGAUCCGAACAAUCAAUCCAUAAAUGUUCUCUUAUUUGAUAUGAAUAUAUCUGUUUAUUUAUUGUAACAUGGAUUAUCGUCAUUAACAAAACCGAAUCUUCAAGCAUGGGAACUUUACGUUACUAAGUGGUCAUUGAAUAAACACAAUAAUCAAUCCAAUAAUUAUUGGUUCGAGAAAGUGUAGAUAUAUUAUUAUUAUUAUUAUUAUUAUUAUUAUUAUUAUUAUUAUUAUUAAUAUUAUUAUAUUGUUUUUUGUCAUUACAAGCGUCGUAUCAUAGUCCGAGUAUAAUUCAAUAUUGAAUAUUGAUAUUUGACUUCAUAUUGAUGAUCGACAAACGUUGACACACAGAUAUAUGAUACAAUUGAAUGAAAGAUAAUAAACAUAUUGUAGUUUAAGAAUGAAUCUGAUAAAUUUUUGUAAAAUAAUUAAAUCGGUAUCGUUGGUGAUUGUUGCAAAAAUUAAAUUCACCUAAUUUUUGUUAUUCUUCUUUGCUAUUUUGAUGUGAGAUAUCAAAUAAUUCGUUGAAUUGUUCAUUCUAAUUCGUAACAAUCGGCAAACAUGUAUGAAUGUUUUGGCGAACACCAAGAACCAGGUUUUUUGAUAAACGCCAUCGGUAAAUUUUUUUUUCUCUUUAUUUACCUUCAAUGUGGAAUAUAAAUCCAAAAAAAAAUAAAAAAUACUAAAAAAAAUAAAAACAAAAAAAAACGAAAAUAAACUAAUCAAGACAAAAACUAACUAAAAGAUUCAGGAGUGCAUAAUAUGAGCGCUCGAGUGAAUAUAAUAAUUGAUAGCUAUAAUGAACAUUUGUAAAGGUCUUAAGGCAGUAAUAAGUGUUAUAUAAUAAUUAAAAACAAUCGAGUAACUGAAUAAGCAAAAAAAAUCUUUCUAGACUUUUAGGAUUAAGACAGUCUUGGUCGCUGGUUUCAGUUACGUCAGCGGCGGUACCUGUACUCUGUGUAUAUCUAUUGUUUCCUCCAAACUGUGAGUAUUUUUAAACGAAACUUAACAUCUUUGGAUUCUAGAUAAAAAAAAUUCAUUACUUUCGAGAAGGCCAGCUCCAUUAUCGGAUGUUAAGAUCAUUUUUUACAUUAACAGGUUUUCAAAAGUGAUAAUGUUUGCGCGUGCACAAAGUAAGCAAUUGUAAUAAUACCGGUAAUUCCUAGUUGAAUAUUUGGAAUUCAAAAAAUAAUACUUGGGGAGAUUGCUGGAAACUGUGUUUAGUGCUUGUGAACUGAAAAUCAUCAAGAUCAUGUUCGGAGAUGAAAUUGACCAUUACUCUUUAGCAUAAUUUGGGAUUCCACUAUUUUAUGUAAGACUUUUUUUGUUUCAAAAUUAGUGUAAUUAAUCCAAGUUCGGCAAAAUUUGACUUUUUUCUAUUAUUGGUAUUGUAAUCAUCGUCGUUUAAAAGAGCCCGGCAUUUUCCCUGUAUUAUAGCCUUGGCCUCUGUUUUAAACCUAAGUUCAUCGACACUUAUUCAUUUGAUAAUAGCCGUUCAUGUCCGAUUCAGUAAAUAAAUAUACUAUAGUCUCCAUAUUUCUCGGUAUAUAAUAAAUAAAAUAGCGUAAUUGUCCCUCUUUGUAAUACACAAUAGAUUUCAACUCAUAAGUAAUUAUACACCAUAAUCUAUGAUCACAUAAUAGAUCAAGAUCUCCGUGUUUUGUAUAAUAAACUGACAUGUCGAGAUGUUUUUUUUUCUUUUUAAUCAUUUAUUUUCUAAUUUCAUAUCUAUCGAUUUUCAUUUUUUACUUUUCGUAUUCCUACAAAAGCAUUUGACGCUCUGAAAACAAGAAAAAGAAUAUAUGAAUAGAGGAAUAACUUUUCCGCGAGAUGGUUGCUCACUUUUUUAAGGAUCAUAAUAUACAUAUAUGUUGCUUUUCGUAAUGUAAGAAGCGUAGCAAGAAUUUUUAACAUUUUAAUUGCGCUCCUGGAUGGCGAGCAGAUCCAACUGUCGAGCCUUACUCGUUCUUUAACAAAUUUUUAAUUACCUUCAUUUGACCAUUCUGUUCUUCUAGAAGAAGUGUCUCAUCCAAAGUGUAGAGUUAGUAAAUAUGGAGUCGGUAUUAUUUUACCUACUUUCUUUAGUGAACACAAAAUUAUGAAUGCCCAUGACUUAAUUAGUCUGACAGUAAAAUGUUGUGCCGCUACAAACUAACAGAGCAAAACUUUUCCAAUUUGUUCAUUUAUUCUCUAUCCAAUGUUGUUAGAUAUUUUCGUCCUUUGGGUCUGUAUAUGGUGCUAAAUCUGCUAGGGCUGAAAUUUUUUUACGCCAAAAUUUAUUGGAAAAUGAACGUUAGGUAAAUUGACAAAUUCUUGAUAAAUUAUGAAAUAGGUAUUAAUUUAAGUCUACAAUCAAGCAGUUAAGUGAACAGACUUCGAGGGACUGAAUGUUUUAGUAUUUAUACCUGUGUUUUGGCCAUUGUAUAAAAUACAGUUAGUGUAAAAUUUCAAGUUUGUAAGCUAGCUGUGUAACGACAAAUUUUAGAAAUUCUUUUUGUGUAUGGCACUUUUGAAAAAUGAGAGAUUUGCUGGUGGAGAAUUCUAUCAUUAGGCCCAUUGGGUUUGCAUCUGACUGUAUUUUGUAAAUUUGUGCUCAGCAUCUUAAUCAACACGAACCCCUUUUACCCCGUCAAUAGAAUUAACAGUUAAUUAACCAAUUAUUACGAAAGGUAAACAAAUAAAGCUUGUCAAUGAUUGUA